AUGAAUGAAUAUUCGCAUAUUUUUCAUACGUUGAACCGUCCAACUUAUAAAGCAGAAGGCGAAUUUUGGCUGAUUCAUCCAGUUUUGUGGCGUCUUCUGACAGCAAAUCCGACUAAACGUAUACUGAAUGUUUGGUUUUUAUUCGGACAAAAUGGAAUAUCAAGAUGCUUCCAUCGAUGGCUUCAAAGGAAGGCUCAGUCUGUUGUACCGAUGCAGUUCUCGAUCUUUGCAGUAUUUCAGUUUUAUUAUUUCAUGCGAGCAUUUCCAUUGUUUUCUGUUGAUCUUUGGUAA